AGUCAGUAGAUGGAGUAACUACAGAAAGUAAACCCAAUAUUGAGUCGAAAAUGAUUGAAUAAAAAACAGAAUUCAAAAUAUUUGCAAAUUUCACAGAACCAAAGUUACCACCUCAUUGUGGCAGCCGAAAAGGGCAAAAAAUUGAUAAAUAAAGAGUAACAAAAUCUAAAUACCAGAUUUCCAUUGCUUGAUUGAUGUCUUGCUGAAUUGCCUUAAAUGGCUCCCAAAAAAUCCACAAUAGUCUUAAACGUUGAACAGUUCAUAAGGGACGUGGAACAGCGUCCGGCAAUAUGGAAUCGGAAUUUCCAUUGUAACAAGGCUUUUCUUGAGCAAAUGUGGGAUGAGCUAUCCUCGGAACAUAAAUUGCCAAAGGUGGUGCUAAAGGCCAAAUGGAAGGGUCUGCGUGACAAUUUCCGUGUGGAAUACAAACGCAUACCCCGGGCCGAUAAUGGUGAUUUUUUGGUAGAACCAGCCACCUUUGAGUCCAAGUGGAUCCAUUACUAUGCCUUGUUGUUUUUGACCGAACACAUGCGCCACCGGGUCCCCAAAAAUGAACAGGAUCAAGCCUUCUUUUUUGCCCAGCAGAGUCAGGAUUGUGAGAAGACCGUGGUUGAACCAGAUCUCACAAAUGGUCUGAUACGACGCCUGCAGGACAGCGAUGAAGAGUUCGAUGAAGAUGAUGUUGACGAGGACGAUGAUGAGGUUACCGAAACUACACCCCCAGCGGCCCAUUCCCAACCUCUGACCUCAGUGGUGAAUGGUGUACCGGGAGCCAUAAUUAAACUUGAGGAUAAUAGGAAAAAUUUUGAUAAAGAGGUGCAAGAUUUGUCCAAGAAAUCAUUGGACAGUGCUGCAGCAAAUUUGACGCAGGCGUCAACAGCAUCACCGGUAACAACACUACAGCCACAGCAGCAACAGGCCACAACAAUAUCUUCAACAACGGCGGUUAGCCCCUUGGCCUUGGGCUUAGCAGCAGCAAGCACAACAGCAACACCCGUGCCAGUAGCAUCAUCAUCACCCUUAUACUUACAAACGGUACCAGUUUCCUCCUCCAGUUCACUGGCCCCGGCUCCAGUUGCCCCGGCAGCAGCCUCAUCAUCCUCACUCUCCUCCUGUUCCGUGUCCUCUGUUUCAAGUACAACCUCCAAUUCACCACCCUCAUCUACAGCAUCGGCCACAGCAGCAGCCCCCUUGACAGCUUUAAAUUUAUUUCAAGCCACCCCACCAAUGGCCCAUAACACAGCCUUUGCUGUGGCUGCCACCUUGGCCUCUAUGAAUGGUGGUGGUGGUGGUGGGAUAUCUGGCAACAAUUCCCUGCCCUCGGUAUUGCCAUUAUCCCUUACCACAAAUCUGCCCAGUGCAUUGGUGUUACCCAAUACCUGUUUGCCCAAUGGCAGUGGUGGUGUUCCCCCCAGUGGUGGACAACAGAAAAUUCGUUCAGUUUCACCGCCACCGCUGUACAACAAGGCCCAUCAUCCGCCGCCCAGUAGCAAUAACAACGGCAACAACAUCUCAUCGGCCAUGAGUAAAGAUCGUUCCGACGAUUUCCCCCUCAAUGUGGCCAGUUGUCUACAUGGCAGCCAUGAAAAUUUGAAUUUUACCAAAUAUUCCUAUACCAAUGGUUUGAUAUCGGCUUUGAAACUCAAACGACCACGCCUCUCAGAGGAUAGUAAUUUCAAUGGUUCCUCAUCAAUGGAUACAUCAAAUGCGGCCACGCCCACACCCUUGGUGCCCGAGGAUGAUGAUUAUCAUUAUUUGUUGUCGCUACAUCCCUAUAUGAAACAGCUGACGGCAGCCCAGAAGCUAAGGAUUCGAACAAAAAUACAAAAAUUGAUUUUCAAAGAACUCUACAAAGAGGAUUUGGAGGAAUCGAAAUAAGGGGGGUAGAGAGAGAGAGGUUUUGUGGAAGAUGAAAAAAAAACAAUUAAACCAAAGUCAUUACUUUUUAGAUUUUCUAAUGCAAUGAAUGUGAAGGACCUUAUCUCUCAAAUCUCUGUGUAUGUGCCAAAACAUAUCUAGCCUUAAAUUGUAUUUCCUCUCACACACUUGAAUCCUUUAAUAAUUAAGAUACCUUUCAUUGUAUACAUAUUAAAAAAAAAAAACAGUUCCUCCUUUUGGCAGGAAAUUUGGAAGGAAAAAAAUUAUGCUUUAAAUCAUUUACUGAAUUAUCUACUUAAUUUUUUUUUUGUUUUUAGUUUAUAAUUAUUAUUAAUUACAUUGUACUUCUCAGAAUAUCAGCAUUUAUUUUCUUAUUUUGUAAAUAUAUUUUUUUUGUUAAAUGGCCAUAGUUUGGAUAUUAAUAUACGCCAUUAUGUUGAGUAGACCUUUUUGGGUUUUAAUAUUUCUCUUUGAGAAAAAUUCAUAAACCCUUGCGAAACCUACCAAACAGAGCAUUUAUAAUAUUUAACAAAAAACACACAGAAAUCUUUACAUAUGUAUCUCAAAUUUAGUUUUUAAAUGUAUUUCCGUAUAUAUAAGAAUUCUAUUUAAAAACAAUAAAUUACAAAAAAGAAUUUAACUAAAAAUAAA